AAAAUGCUGUUUAGUUACUUUUGUUUAUCAUUGUUAACCAAAAUUAGUGAAUUAUAUUAGGUAUCUCGAUUGAAUAAAUCCUUCACACCCAAACUUCAAAUUUCCCAUAUCUGUAGAAUUUCAAAUUGUCUUUAAGUCACUCACUGUCAUAUGUACAUGUUGGCACAUAAUCUGUGUUUUUCCUGUUGUUUAAAUGCAAUUGGUUUGAUAUAGAUCUACACAUAGCGUAAGUAGCUAUUCCGUUAACAGCAUGAUUAUUCCAGUCGGAUCUGAUCCAGAGAUCGCUGUCAGUUUCUAUUGCGUGAUACCAGGAGGUAUGCACGAUAUAUCUAAAUGAUGGUGGGUUAAUCUGGUAUUCAUAACUAUAUACAAAACUUGUUCAACUAAUAAAACUGUUCGAACGAUUUAGAAUGAGUUAUAUUUACUAUUAACGCUAUAUUUUGACAUUAACAACUGGUGAAAAUUAUUGCCCACCAGACUAUGUCUAUCUGACCGAGCUCUAAAUAACGUAAGCUGCUGCAGAAAAAUAGUUAGGUAAAGCUUAAAACUAUUAAUACAAAUGACUAAUAGCAGAAAAGCAUGUCUCAAUCUUUAAUGUAACCGCAAAUAAAAAUAUACAGCAUUCGCUAUAUUUUGGUCUACAUAACAUGACUUUAAUUAAAGACAAAUGAAAAAGGAAAACAACAAAGUUGAGCAGAGUACGGCGGUCGAAUUGAGAACCGGUCCAGCGACCGAGGGAAAAAAUACCAGUAUUUCCCCUUCGCGGAAGUGACGUAAGAACGGCAAUGGCGACUCGCAGUAAGGUUCUGGAUUCACUGAUAACUGAAAAGCACUCUUGAUGUCGUUGUACUUUUUGGUAGUGUUUGUCAUUUGUCCGCGGUAGCGUGCAAAAAUGAGACAUUUCUGAGGUUAAAAUAAGCCAGUCUUAAAGAGUACUAGAGUCUAGACCACAUAGGGUCAGCAACCUAAGAAUACCGGUCUGCAACUUGGUUUUUUGCACAUUGCAUUUUUAAUGUCAAAUUUGUAAUUAGCCAUUUUUUUCGUAUUUUAUAUUUUAAUUUUAAUAGGUGAAUGCGACAUCGAAGAACUGAUCUUACACCAGCAAGCCAGUUAACAAGUCAGAACAGUUUGCUGGCUUGGUUCUCUUUCGGACAGGCUAAUUGUAUACGACUCUGUGGUACUUUGUGGUGGUCCUGCGAGGGUGGUCCCCUUUGGGGACUGGCUUCACGCCUGUGUGGAAUAUACUUUCUCUCCCCGCUUCUCCGAUCCGUUUCGUUGUCCCUUUUCUACGUCGUCGACAUGCUGAAGACCCGGCAGUGCUUACUCUGGAUCCGCACUUUCCUCGGAGUCACGUCCAGAAUAUGGGGCUUCAUAUUGUGCGUUCUCAGGAAGCACCUCCGCACGAUCAUCCAGUAUCAGACAGUGCGUUACGACCUCUUACCCCUGUCGUCCAUCUCCAGAAACAGGCUCAAUGCAGUUAAGAGGAAGAUUUUGGUGCUGGACCUGGAUGAGACGCUGAUCCACUCGCACCAUGACGGCGUCCUGAGGCCCAGCGUGAGACCCGGCACCCCGCCGGACUUCAUCCUCAAAGUGGUGAUAGAUAAGCACCCAGUCAGGUUCUUUGUGCAUAAAAGGCCUCACGUGGACUUCUUCUUGGAAGUGGUGAGUCAGUGGUACGAGCUGGUGGUGUUUACCGCCAGCAUGGAGAUCUACGGCUCUGCCGUGGCGGACAGACUUGAUAACAACAGGAGCAUCCUGAAGCGCAGAUACUACCGGCAGCACUGUACACUCGACCUGGGCAGUUACAUCAAAGACCUCUCUGUGGUACACAGUGACCUCUCCAGCAUAGUCAUCCUGGACAACUCGCCAGGAGCCUACAGGGGCCACCCAGACAAUGCAAUACCCAUAAAGUCCUGGUUCAGUGACCCCAGUGACACUGCACUUCUCAACCUGCUGCCCAUGCUGGACGCACUACGGUUCACUGCAGACGUCCGCUCCGUCCUUAGCAGAAACCUCCACCAGCAUCGACUCUGGUGAUUGGCCCAGUGAGGCUCCUUAUGGCCCAAUCAUUUUUUUUUUUUUUCCUUUUUCUUCAUUUUUUUGAAGCCCUACCCAUUGACUGCCGACGGAGUCUCCCACACCCUCCCCCCAAACCCUGUGAAAAGUGUAGUGUCUUUGCACCCCUCCCCCUCUGCCCCGGUGGGGUGCAGGCCCAGAGAGACGAGGCCCCAGGGGAUGAACACUGCCGCUGGCAUUUUCGUGGGAUUCUGGGAGCAUCAGCAGUGGUCGCUGGGACAGACGGAGCUCCCGGUUUUAUACGUGUCUGGAGCGGAGUCUUGACUGUGAAGCGUGUCGGUGUGUGUGGGGCUGCACUGGCUGUUUUCGCUUGGAAGAUGCUGUCAGCACACAGAACUCCUGUCAAGCCAGCCCAUGAGGCCAUCUCCCCCCCCCCCCCGCAAGCCCCCACCUCAGUCAUUACUUCUUGACCAUUUGCACUUGAUUUCUGCAUCUUGUUCUUUAGAAAUCAGUUAAAGCACAGCAUAGGUGUCUCUCUCUCUCUCUU